AUGACACUUUUUAAUUCCAUUUCAUCUAUUUCAAACUCGACUGGUAUCUCUAAAGAAAGUUUAAUUGGAAAUUUAAAUAGUAAUGGAAUUGCAACUGGUAAUAUUAGUGUUUCAUGGUUAGGUGGAUUUGAUGGUUGCGGUGGUUGCGGCGGUGGUUGUGGAAAAAACGAUUUUUUAUAUUCAUCUUUAUAA